UAUCAGGGACUUCGUCUCCGUCCACUUUCUCCAUCGCUCUCUUACUCAAGUCUCAUAGACCAAAACUUGUUGUCUCUGUUUGCCUCUUACGUCUCGUCUUCGUCUCCACUCACUUCUAUUAGGAGGAGGUGAUCGUGGCAGCAGUAAUAAAGAAGUUUUUCGUUGCAAUAAUUUCUCGCGAGUUUUGGUCUUAUGAAUUGUUCGUACGCUUGAUUCAGCUUUUGUUUGGGUUCCUGGUGAUCGUUUGGGAAAAUUAGGUUUUAUGCUGUUUGGGUUUCCAGAGAAAGUGUGAAAGCAAUUCGAAUUCAGUUUCUGAAACGAGAGAGCACUAUUCUCUGCCGAAUUUAUCCUAAUAAAUUGAUUCUUAACUCCAUUUUGUGAGUUUAUUGAGUUACUUUCCCUUCCAAGAGAUUUUCUGGGUUUCCAAACGAAAGAGGUAAUGUUCAUUUAAUGGCACUAACUGUUGUCUAUAGCCUUCAAAAUGUAUGGCCUUUUUCAGUGUUCAAGUUUGAUGAUUUGAGUGUGUCAAAUGGAUUAGUUCGCAAGCUUUCAAUACCCGAACACACCAAAGAGUUUGUUUUGGCAGUUCGUGAACCUGACUCGCAAUCUGUGAUAUACAUACUUUCCGUUCAGAACUUAUCCAAGAGAUCUGUUCAUGAUGCUGAGUGUCUUAUUAGGGAGUUACGACCUGAUGCUGUAGUAGCUCAGGUUGAUCAUUCCACUUUGACUGAUACUGAAUCCAUAGAUGAUGAAGAAAUUGUUCCCACUUCGUCUUUUGGAGUAUUAAAACGAUGUUUUGUUGAUAAGAUCAAUAAGGAGAAGUAUGAGAAUGUUGCUGGAACGUUUGCUUUGAGGGAGAUAUUUGGGACUGAUUUUCAUGGGCACUUCUUGGCUGCUAAGAAGGUGGCCAAAGAGGUUGGGGCCUCAUUUUUGUUGCUCGAAUCACCUUCUGUCAAAACAUCUGCUUUGGAUAACCACUCAGGUGAUGUUGAUGCAGGGAGCAAGCUCCUGGGUUUAAUUAGAAAUUUGAUUCCUCAGAAAGUAGGUUCUGCAGCUGUGUCAAGUUCAAGGAGGUUUUUUCUUAACAACAAUGUUGAGUCACACAUGGUGAAGUUGUUAUCUUCAAAUAUGGAUAUUUCAGUUUCGAAACUGAACCCUUCAGGUUCUACUGAUUCAAACGAAAUUCUCCCGAUGAACAAUUUCGAGGUUCCACAAUUUGCGCAAUCAAUUUAUCCUUUACUUGUAGACCUACAUAAUAUUUUUGUGGACCUUCCAUCAAUUGGUAGGGCUUUAGCAUUUGCGCAAAAGAUGCUGAUAGAUGUCAACAGAGGGGAAGUUGUGGAUACCCGAACUAUAUCAGAAGUUAACACCUUCCAGGUUGCGGUUGAGGGGUUGAGAAUCGCUCUAAACAACGCAGGUCGUCUGCCCAUUAACAAAAAGAUGAAUCCCAAGUCAACUAAGAUUGAUUUCUCAGAGCUUCCAGUUGAGGAAAAAUCGCAUGCAUUUCUUGCGCAUGCCCUUCAGAAUCAGGCAAAGAAAUUCAAGACAAUAGUAGCAAUUGUAGAUGCCAGUAGUUUAGCUGGUCUUCGAAGGCAGUGGAACACUGUUGUUCCACCAGAUGUCAGGGAAAUGGUUGGAGAGCUUGUAAAAGAUUGUGAGAGUGAUGAGGAAAUUCCUGCAGAUAAGAAGCGACUAUUCUCAAAUAAACCUGUGGUGGCAGUUGGUGCCGGAGCAACAGCAGCAUUGGGAGCUUCAUCGCUUUCAAAGGCUGUUCCAGCAUCGACAUUAAUGAAGGUUGCAUCAUUGAAAGUUCCCGUGUCGCUGAAACUUUUCCUGACUCAAACACAAAAGGCAAUGGCAAUGGUUUUAAGCAAGACUGUUGGUCCCUCAAAAGUGUUAGCCCCAGGAUUAUCGACCUCUGGAGCUAAAGUGACAUCCGUAAUUAAGGGAGCAGCUUCUGCAGAGAAAAUAAGGACUGUGGCCCACAGCAUUAUCGCCUCUGCUGAGAAGACCAGCUUUUCGGCCAUGAGAACAGCAUUUUAUGAAAUAAUGAGGAAACGGCGUGUAAAGCCGAUUGGUGUCCUACCGUGGGCAACAUUUGGUAGUAGUGUUGCUACUUGUACAGGGUUGCUUGUGUAUGGAGAUGGGAUUGAAUGUGCUGCUGAAUCUCUUCCUACAGCUCCCUCAAUUGCCAGUUUGGGCCGUGGGAUUCAAAGUCUACGUGAGGCGAGCCAAGCUGCGAGGUUGGCAGAUGGAGACAGGAUACAGAAAGCUAUAGAAUCCCUAAUGUACAGAUUGAAGAAGGUAAAGAUUCAGUAGAGCAAUAAUGUGUCUUGCCUUCUUUUGCGUAUUACACACAAUGACUGGUUUUAAGAGUGAAGGAAUAUUUUAUACAUAUUGAGGUGGCCAGGUAUAUUUGUUUGUAUCUUCAUUUGUUAUUUUAGUUCUUUCUUAUGAAUUAUAUUGUUGUCUAUUUAGAUACAA